GUGUAGAAUUGUAUUAGCAGUGUAUGAGCCAUUGAUGGUCACUGGCGGUUGUGAGAACUGAGACUGAGGGAGAAAGGUGUUGCCUUUGAGCUUAAAAAAAAAGGAAAAAGAAAAAAAGAAAACCUUCAGAAUGGGAAGAAUGGGUGUUGAUCUUCUUUUGUUUCUUUUUCUCAACAUGCUCACUGGAAUAACAUCACAAAACACUGAGAAUUUAACCAUUAUAGUUAAUGGUUCUAAGACAAUUGCCGAAACAGAUGAUAACUUUGUUUGUGCCACUCUUGAUUGGUGGCCUCCAGAGAAAUGCAACUAUAAUCAAUGUCCUUGGGGACAAGCUUCUGUUCUGAAUCUGAACUUGAAUCAUUCUACUCUUGCCAAAGCCAUUAAAGCCUUUGGUUCUUUCCGGUUAAGAAUCGGAGGUUCUUUGCAAGAUCAAGUUGAUUAUGGCGUCGGAGACUUGGCACAACCCUGCCUUCCAUUUGAAAAGAAACAAGGUGGCCUUUUUGGCUUUUCAAACGGGUGUUUGAGCAUGAAGAGAUGGGAUGACCUCAAUCUUUUCUUCGAAAAAACUGGAGUAAUUGUGACAUUUGGUCUGAAUGCACUGAAAGGGAGGCAGCAAAAAAAGAAGGGUGUCUGGGGAGGCCGUUGGAACUAUAGCAAUGCUUUUGAUUUCAUUCAAUAUACAGUUUCACAAGGAUAUCCAGUUGAUUCAUGGGAGUUUGGAAAUGAAUUGAGUGGGCAUGGUAUCGGUGCAAGUGUUGAUGCCAAACAAUACGGGAAAGAUCUUAUUGCACUCAAAUCCAUGCUCGAUGAGUUAUAUAAUAAUUCGAGUCCCCAAUCAUUAAUAUUAGCACCGGGAGGUUUCUUCGACCAGAGUUGGUAUGCUCACCUCCUUCAGUUUUCGGGAGACCGCAUCGUUAACGGCAUGACGCAUCAUAUAUACAAUUUAGGUCCAGGUGAUGAUCCCCACAUUGCAAGCAAAAUCUUGGAUCCAAAAUAUUUGGAUCAAAUAGCGAAUACGUUCAUAAACCUUCAGCUCACAAUAGAGAAGUAUGGUCCAUGGUCUUCUCCGUGGGUUGGUGAAGCUGGCGGUGCUUAUAAUAGUGGUAGUCAGCAAGUUUCGAAUAAGUUUUUGAACAGUUUCUGGUACAUGGAUCAACUUGGAAUGGCAUCGAAGUAUAAUACCCAGGUGUACUGCCGACAGACUUUAAUCGGUGGCAACUAUGGCCUUCUUGACACAAACACUUUCAUGCCAAAUCCUGAUUACUACAGCACCUUAUUGUGGCAUCGGCUUAUGGGUAUCGAUGUGCUUUCGGUUCGUGUCAACGGAUCUCCAUAUUUGCGUGCAUAUGCACAUUGCAGUAAAGAUAAUACAGGCAUUACUAUAUUGCUGAUCAACCUGAGCAACUCAACCCAGUUCAAUGUUACUGUCCAAAAUGAUGUUGGUGAAUAUAAAACCAGAAUAUUGGAGAAAUCAGCAAAUCAACAAGAGUAUCAUCUAACUGCGGAGAAUAACAACUAUCUAAAUCAAACAAUACUGCUGAAUGGAAGUCCGUUGGAGCUCACCGGAGACGGAGACAUUCCUAGUCUUGACCCUAUAUUUGUUGGCGACUCACCCGUAUCGGUAGGACCCUUGUCAAUCGUCUUUGUAGUCAUGCCGGAUUUUGAUACUUCAACAUGUAAUUAACUAUGGUAUUCAAUUAUGCAUCAGUAACAUAAAGUUUGAUUUUUCAUAUGGUAUAA